AUGGCACCACAUAACGAUUCAUCAUCUUCCACGGGGGAGUUCUCAACAGAUUUCAACAUCCCUUUCCAUCCCCCAAUAAAUUCCGCCUUGCGAAACUUAAGGAACGCAAGUAGCAUAUAUUCAGUGAACGAAUCCUCAUACAGUUCUUCGCAAAGUAGUGUCUCGAUAGAAGCUGAUGAUCACAUGGCUCGUCCUUUAAAUCCUGGGGUUUAUGUACCCACCGUCUGCUUUUUCGACCCAACCACCGAAGAGCUAGACACAGAAACCAUCUCCAACCACGCCAUCCGUCUCGCGAAAGCCGGAGUCGCUGGGCUAGCCACCCAAGGUUCUAAUGGCGAAGCUGUUCAUCUUACUCAUGCAGAGCGUCAAACUGUUACGGCAACGACUCGUGCCGCGCUCACCUCGGCCGGGUUCUCACACCUUCCUAUCAUUGUUGGCUGUGGCGCUCAGUCUGUCCGAGAAACGGUCCAAUACUGCCGAGAGGCCCAUGCUGCUGGAGGAGAUUACGCACUCGUUCUACCGCCUUCGUAUUAUGCGCCUCUAUUCUUGCCAUCCUCUGCUUCUGUUAUCGAAUUCUUCAACACAGUAGCCGAUCAGUCCCCAAUUCCAUUAUUAAUUUACAACUAUCCAGGGGCUGUCUCCGGCAUGGAUCUCUCAUCAGACGUCAUCAUACAAUUAUCAGCCCAUCCCAACAUCGUUGGGGUGAAGCUGACUUGUGGCAAUACCGGCAAAUUGAACCGAAUCGUGGCAGCCACUAAGCCUCCCAAGCCACACUUCCCCGCAUCUACUCCGUCAUUUUUGGUUCUCGGAGGCAGUGCCGACUUCACCCUACAAAGUUUAAUCGGGGGUGGUCAUGGGAUCCUCGCCGGAUUAGCAAAUAUUGCUCCGAAAGCGUGCAUCGAGAUGACUCGGUUGUACCAUGCAGGAAACAUCGGCGAGGCUCAGAAAUUUCAGGAAGUCGUUGCUCAAGGUGAUUGGGCGGCUAUUCAGGGAGGUAUCGUGAGCACCAAGUCCGGCAUGCAGAGUUGGUUGGGUUAUGGAGGAUUUGGUCGUGCACCGUUGCCGCAUCCCACGAGUGAUGAGAUGGUGAAAUGGAAGGAAGGUUUUCGAGAGCUGGUGACGUUGGAGAAGAGCCUUUAG